UUCUUUGAAAUGGUGCAUGCAGCUGCCAAAGCUAUGAUCAGUGGAUUUAAACUAACAGUGGCUCUGCUUCUUAUGUGCUGCUAAUCUCUUUCUUGCUUCACUACCCGAUGUGUGUGUAUAUCUGUGUGUGUGUGCGUGUGUGUGUGUGUGCGUGUGUGCAUCCCCCUCUCUGCAACUCACCUCCUCCUCUCCUCCAGUCCUCUACCCGCCGCUCUUCCAAGGUGAGCUCGUCUACAGCAAACAGGGAGGUCAAACAGCAUCAAAAUAGAAUGGUUUAACUCUGAAGAGUUUUAUUUUCAUGUGUCAUCUUUGAAAUACUUGGCAAGUUAGACCAAGGGCACAGCUUCACAUGUUUGAAAUGUUUUCAAAGGCCAUGCAUUUUUGUGUAGUACGAUAAGAAGUAUAUACACAGUAAGGAGAGAACUAAGAUUACACUGGUUUGAUAAGUGCAACAGAAAUUUAUUUCAUUCAUUAUCCACAUUUGUGCCUCUAAUAAAGGCCCUUUACAUAGUUUUAAUAGUUAUUUGGACAGUCUGGCAGGUAUCACUAUAGCUUUCAGGUGGCCCAUUUCAGCUGGUUUUCACCUAAAUAAAUAUUUGCCAUAAAUGAUAAGAGAAUGCAAACAGCAGUAAUUGGUUUAGGUAUUAGUAUGUUGAGAGUUGAAGGUACAUGACAUUCGUAAAAUGAUUAAAUGACCUGGAAGUAACCCUUGGAAUUCAAUGCACACUUACCUUAAAACUGUGAUCUGAACAUAAAUCUGUGAGUAUUGUAUUGAAUCAUUUUAAGGUUUAUAUGAAGAUGAUGAUUAUGUGUUGUGUUCAAGGUUGUGAUGCACAAUGUUUUUCAUUUUCAAAAUUAUUUUCAAAAGAUGAUUGUACUUCUCUGCACUUGGUAAUUACAAUGCGUAUGGCUAAGAACCACAAGGCUUCACUCUGCAGCUGAGUUUUACAAAUAACUCUUGAGAGUCCUAACGCAGUGUCUCUGAUCGCACUGUGGCAGUGGAGCACUCCAAGUCGUCUCACGCCUGCCACCUCCCUCCCCUCCCUCUUGGUACGCACCCCCGGCCGCCCCAGCCUGGCGCUCAUGACGUCUCGCGAGAGCAUGUCGUCCUCUCUGUCUGGCGAUGUCAGCGAGGCGGGCCUGUCCUCGCACCAGGGUGCACUGGGGGCUCCCGUCAUGCCUCAGCCCAGCGGGUCACCUGCAGCAGCGGCGGCCACGGUCCCAGCUACUCCAAGCAAGGUGGAACCUGCCAUUUCCAAGCAGGAGGAGGAAUCAAUGCGAGGUCAGGUCAAAGACCUGGAAGAGAAGCUGGAAACGCUGAAGAUGAAGCGGACAGAGGACAAGGCCAAGCUGAAGGAGCUUGAGAAACACAAGAUCCAGCUGGAGCAGCUUCAGGAGUGGAAGAACAAAAUGCAGGAGCAGCAGGCUGAGCUGCAGAAACAACUAAAAGAGGCCAAGAAGGAAGCCCGUGAGGCACAUGAGUCCAAGGACCGCUACAUGGAAGAGAUGUCCGACACCGCAGAUGCCAUAGAGAUGGCCACAUUGGACAAAGAGAUGGCUGAAGAGCGGGCAGAGUCACUGCAAGUGGAGGUGGACACACUGAAAGAGAAAGUGGAGGAGCUCUCCAUGGACCUGGAGAUCCUGAGACAUGAGAUCUCAGAAAAAGGCUCAGAUGGAGCGGCCUCAAGUUAUCAUGUCAAACAGCUGGAGGAGCAGAACAGCAGGCUAAAGGAAGCAUUGGUUCGGAUGCGUGACCUGUCUUCUUCAGAGAAGCAGGAGCAUGUGAAGCUGCAGAAGCAGAUGGAGAAGAAGAACAAUGAGCUGGAGACUCUGAGGACUCAGAAGGAAAAGCUGCAGGAAGAGGUCAAGCAGGCGGAGGCCACUAUUGAUGAACUGAAGGAGCAGGUGGAUGCUGCUCUGGGGUCAGAGGAGAUGGUGGAAACCCUGACGGAGAGGAACCUCGACCUGGAGGAGAAAGUCAGAGAGCUGAGAGAAACAGUCACUGAUCUGGAGGCCAUCAAUGAGAUGAACGAUGAGCUCCAGGAGAACGCCCGGGAGACGGAAAUGGAGCUGAGGGAGCAGCUGGACCUGUGUGGAGCGAAGGUCCGAGAGGCUGACAAAAGGGUGGAGGCUGCGCAGGAGACUGUAGCUGAUUACCAGCAGACCAUCAGCAAAUACAGAGAGCUCACCACGGGGCUACAGGAGGCCAACAGGGAGCUGAUCAGCCAGCAGAAUGCAAACACUGAAGUUCAGCAGCCUCCUGCUGAGCUAUUUGACUUCAAGAUUAAGUUUGCAGAGACCAAGGCUUAUGCCAAGGCCAUUGAGAUGGAGCUGAGGAAGAUGGAAGUGGCUCAGUCAAACAGACAGGUAUCCCUCCUCACCUCCUUCAUGCCGGACUCCUUCCUCCGUCAUGGCGGAGAUCACGACUGUAUUCUGGUCCUCCUGCUCAUCCCCAGGCUCAUAUGCAAGGCUGAGCUUAUCAGUAAACAGGCCCAGGAGAAGUUUGACUUGAAUGGGAACUUGGCCCAGGGGACGGGGCUCAGAGGACCUCCGGGAGAGCAACGCAGCUUUGCCUCAGGACUGGUCUACUCCCUGAGUCUGCUGCAGGCCACCCUGCACAAAUACGAACAGGCUCUGAAUACCUGCAGCGUGGAGGUUUUCAAGCGCAUGGGCACACUCUACUCUGAGAUGAGCUUCCAUGAGCGCUCUCUGGAUUAUUUCAUCGACCUGCUGCAUAAAGAUCAGCUAGAUGAGACCGUUCAGGUGGAACCCCUUACUAAGGCCAUCAAGUACUAUCAGCAACUGUACAGCGUCCAUCUGGCAGAUCACACUGAAAACUGCACAGUGCAGCUGGCUGACCACAUUAAGUUUACCCAGAGUGCCCUGGAAUGCAUGGGAGUGGAGGUAGCUCGUCUCCGGGCGUUCCUGGCCACGGGCCAGGAGAGCUCUAGCCUCGCUGUCCUUCUAAAGGACUUGGACACUUCCUGCUCUGAUAUCAGACAGUUCUGUAAGAAGAUCCGCCGUCGCAUGCCUGGAACAGAUGUAGUUGGAGUACCCGCUGCUCUCAAUUUUGGACCACAGGUGUCGGAGACGCUGACGGAGUGCAGGCGCCAGCAGACCCGCGUGGUGGCUGUGCUGCAGGAAGUGGCUGCAGCUGGAGCUCAGAUGGUUGCUUCACUGGCAGAACAGGAGGGGCUCAACGCUCUCAAGAUGGAAGAUAUUGCCUGCAAGGUUGUGGAGCAGGUGUACGGCUCUCAUGGCCUGAACGGCCCAGAGUGUCUGCGCCAGUCCUGCAGCUCUGUCAUCAGUACCAUGAACAAGAUGGCCACAGCCAUGCAGGAAGGAGAGUAUGACGCUGACAAACCACAGGCUAUGACUCCUCCGAUUGAGAUGAGAGCAUCCACCGUCAGGGCCGAGAUGACUGACGCUGAGGGUCUCGGAGUUAAACUAGAAGACAGAGAGACGGUCAUCAAGGAGCUCAAGAAGUCACUCAAGAUAAAGGGCGAGGAGCUGAGUGAGGCCAACGUGCGUCUGAGCCUGCUGGAGAAGAAGCUGGACACGUCCACCAAAGACGCAGAUGAACGGGUGGAGAAGAUUCAGACCAAACUGGACGAGAACCUCGCCCUGCUGAAGAAGAAAGAAAAGGAGUUUGAGGAGACGAUGGACGCUCUGCAGGCUGAUAUUGACCAGCUGGAGGCAGAGAAGGCAGAGCUGAAACAACGCAUUAACAACCAGUCCAAGAUGACCAUUGAAGGCCUGAGAGGCCCACCUGCUUCUGGAAUUGCCUCCAUAGUCCAGGGAUCUGCAGGAGCAGGUCUGCCUCCAUCCCUGGCAGGACCAGUACAGGUGGUGGACUCUCCUCUCCUCAGGCAGCAGGUUGAAGCUCAGAGACUGGGCAUCAAACACCUUAAGAAUGAAAACAACAGACUCAAGGCAGAGAAGAUGAGAGCCCAGCUGGCCUCCCUGCCUCCACUCUGCCCUCCCAAACUACCAAAAGUGUCCAAAGAGAGCUCCAUGCCACCAGAGGGACUGAACACAGGCAUCUAUCGCAGGACUGACCAACUGCUGGCAACCCUGCUCAAGCUGAGUUCAGAGGUGAAAGUGGUGGACGUCACCGGGAAGACAGCAGUUACUGCCAGUGCCCAGCUGUUGGAGCAGACAGCUAGACUGCAGAACCUCAGCGAUGCUCUGGAUAAACUCAAGGGAGAAGUAGCUGAACAUGUAGUCUCAUAUCAGCCUGGAGCAAAGGCUUCCUCUGACUUCGCCACAUUCCCAGUCUCCUCCUUUGUUAAGGCCAAGGGAGAGAAGCAGGGCGGUACCGUGUUUGUAGGGCGUGUUGCCAUUCCAUGCUCUCGUGGACAGGAACAGGUGCACCGCCUCGUCCUGUCGCAGCAGCAGUUGCAGAAAGUGCACCACCUCCUCAUGGCCUGAGACCGCAUGCCAUUGGCCCACAGCCAUGAUUGACAACACGUCAAGAAAAGCUUUUCCUUAUUUUCAUUCCAGCUUCCAUUUAAACGUUGUCCUUUAUUUAUCCCUUUUGCUUUUCACUACUCUCAGGAACUUGUAUCCAAUAUUUGCAGUUAACAUUAUAGCACUAACAAAACUGAGGCACAGCCGUUUCUUUAUAUUGACAUAAAACUGAUGUGUGUGACUGUUCCAUAACAGAGUCCAAAUGGAUUUGACUCCUGAAUGUCACAUUAUGGAGUCGUGUUUU